AUGUCUAAGCAACGAAAAUUUGUUCAACGUCUUACCCAUGGUGGAGUAAUCAGUUCAAAGUCCGCCGAAAUUGAAGGUGCUCCGAAGGAUACUUUUUCAAAUUUUAAAAUCUCUUGCGUCUACGAACCGAUCGACUAUGAACAAUACCUCGUGCAGAAUAAAGCCUCGAUAAUGAGUGACCCUCAUAGAGAUUUGGUUUUAUUUCCUCCUGAUGAUGUAAAGAUCGUGCGACUCCAGCGCACUCUUCCUAACUCUGUGAAUGGUGCACCACUGAACACAGGUAUUUCGGAGCUGACGAAGACCAGCGCGUUGGCGCGGCACGUCGCGACCACCUGCUUGCCUCCUAUGUGGUGUAUAGUGCGGGAACCUUUCAUCCGCUUCCGUGGCGCCUUCUGUGACCUUCCCAAAAACCCGAAAGUCCUCGAAUCGAUGGGCAAGCCCUCGGAGCAAUGGUACGCCAUCGAUCACGUGGCAGAGGGGUCAGAGGACAAUAUCUCUACCGGCAGAUCGAAAGCCGCCGCGUCCGCCAAUCGAAGUAGUGCUGGUGUAGGUGGUGGCAGCAGCACUGUCAACGGUAGCACCGGGGGCGCUUCGCGUCUCUGGACCAGUGCUCGACGACCCACAUUGGAAAUUGCUCGUGGUGGUGAGGGGGAAUCCAAUGUAAAUGUCGAAUUCAUUACUACUCUGAAGUCCGGUGGGAAACAACGCAAGUUGCUCGGCAGGGACAUUCUCACCUUUACCACACACGAUCCGCCUCCUUAUGUGCCUGUCUACGCUGCAUUCGCCGCAGUGCUCAGCAGUCUGCCUUUCUACAGAGAUAUCAAACACUAG